UACGGGGAGUUUUCAAAGCAGUGGGCUGGCAGUAAGCCGUCGGCUUUCACAGCGUGUGUUUCGCUGGUACGUUGUAUAUCGGUUGCUGAACGUAGGUCUUGUUACGAUCGUUCUUCUAGAUUUCGAUAUUCAACGUUUUUCCUCCUCUAGGAUACGGCACGCGAUACGAUCUACGAUUUGUUACGAUUCCUGAGUGCAGUCUCGUGAUAGGUGUUGUUGAUGUAGCGUCGAGACGUUUGACGUAACGUUACUGAAUCUUAUAAUGCUUUACGAGAAACAUUCGCGAGGUAAAGAGUAUAUACGCGUUGGUUGAAAUUAUCGGUAAUCGUGCGGAGUUGAAAGAUAUUGGCUGUACAAUCGACGUGGGGUUUUGUCGAAAAUAGAGCUGGUGUAAAAAAAGAAUGGUUUUCAUGAAAAGUGACUGAAUGGUUGAACGAUUUUAUCGGUUAAGAAGAAAAAGAGCGCGCGGCGAAAGCCAUUUGAAAGCACCCAGUAAACACGCAGUCUUCUCGAGUAGACGAAAGUUUAUGUUUGACGACAAAUAUCAAACGAAUCGGUUAAGAUUGCCGGCGCGUGCUUAGUGACGGGAGUCCGUUGUAUUUAUCUUUGGACGUUAACGGUGCUGAAGUGAGAGAUAUCGGUUUUCUUUUGGGGAAAAGUCUACCGUGGACCGCUGGGACUUAAUUUUUGACCCUGGAAACUCGGUCAUGGCGGUUCUCGGAUUCGAAAAUCACGGAAUCUGAAACACUUUUCCCGGCUUAAGUUGAUAAAUUGGUUUUUCGUCGAGAUCUGAAGAUGACGACACCGGUCGAGCGAGGACUGCUUGUCUUGUCGCUCUUCACUGCGAUCUGUCAGGGAAACGAACUUAAGGACUACUGUUCCAAGCACAAAUUCGACAAUUUACCACCCGGUGGCCUCAGGUUUACGAAGGAGGUCGUGACAACAGAGUACGCGAACAUCGGAGCGUUCAAAGCGCUUCACUGUUGUCUACGAGGAUACAGGAGUAUCGAAUGGUACAAGGACAACAGGGCUUAUCCUUGGCCAGGCGGAGAGAGCCAUUUCAUCCUGUAUCCGGAGAGCGCGAACCAGACGAUUUACGCGCAGAAGGUGAGAAGCUCCGACGCGGGACGAUAUUCUUGUCAGGCGAGGAACGACACGACCAUCCUCGAAGGAGAUAUCACGCUCGCCGUUCUCGGGGAGAAGUCUGGCGGAUAUACCGGGAGACCAUUGCCAACGUACAGGCCGGCAUCGCAAUUGGUUCCCCUGGGAGGAGCGGCGAGAUUAUUUUGCGAGGCAUACCUGGGAAAGGUCGAGCUUCCGGACGCGAAAAAUUCGGUAACCUGGUCGAAGAGCGACAGCAACGUCACGUUACCGAGUCACGGCAGGAUCGCGCAGCACAGCGUGUCCAGGGAAAACAAUCAGAUCAUCGGCUCUUACCUGGAAAUCGAGGACAUAACUCUGGAAGAUUACGGGGAGUACAAGUGCGAAGUUAGCAACGGCGUGGACGAGGAGAUCACGUUACCCGCUCACGUUUAUCGGCAAGAGCCACAGUUUGCGUUGGAAGUACAAAACGGGUCCUGGAGAAGGUCGUUUCUGGUAGGCGUGCUGGUGCUGGUUCUGCUGAUCUCGGUCGGCGCGUUUUACGCGCGCUGUUGGCUGCCUUUGGUGCUGCUCUGCCGGGACAAAUUCGCCCCUCUCGAGGAGAACGAUGGAAAGGAAUGCGACGCUUUGGUGUGCUACCACGAGAAAGACUCGAGCCUGGUCAUCGGUAUAGUGAUACCCACGCUGGAAUCGAGGCACCGGUACAAGUGCACGGCGCUGGAGCUCUCCCAGUUGAAUCAGAAUUGGGGUGUGGAGAUCGGGCCGCACGCCGUUUCCAGUCGAAGAAUCAUCGUGGUGCUGAGUCCAGAGUCGCUGGGAAACGCUUGGAACGAAACGAACGUGGCUGUUGUCCUGAAUCAGCUGUCAUCGCUCGCCACUCGAACGAUAGUCAUCAUCACCAAGAAUCUAUUGAACACGACCGCGAUCGCGAAACGAUCGAGUCGAGCUUACAACAACAUGCGCGAAUACUCGAUCGAUCGUUUGAAGAUUUUGCAUUGGAACGACACCGGGAACUUAGGUUCCGGCAGCCACACAUUUUGGUACAAGUUGCGGCUCGCAAUGCCACCGAUUCGACCGAUCAGCUCCGAGAGCGGCUGCCAAUCGGUCGCCAUGAUCGUUCAGGCGAACGGAAAAUGCGGACAGCAGAAGGCUCGAUCGCGCGAAAGUCUCGAAGUUCUCGUUUAAAACGGAGGAAAGCGAAACGAUCGAACGAAGGAAACGACGUAACGGAUCCUUACGUAGUAUAUACUUACAUAUACCUACGUAGUAGUCUCUUCGUCCGCGUUUCUCUUCCUUUCGCUUUUGUACGAAAGCGAUGACAAGGCCAAGUUUCCGCGCACUUGUCCGAGUAUCCAUGCGUUUCGUGCAGAAUCAGACGUUCGAAAACGCUCGUUCGCGUAGCGUGAUAAACGCGCAUCAACGUUAACGCCGUUUCCUCGCCGAAUCUCGCAAAUAACCGCAUGAAAAAUGUAGCGGUUUCGAUGCUCGAGCAACCGAUUCACGACCGUGCGUUGUCCUUCUGACUUGUGCUUUUUUACGUUGCGACGUACGUAACAUUUAACGCUCCUCGACGUGUGUCUACGAGAGCUACAGCGCGACCCGAGUGUCUUUUAAUUUUACUUUGGCUGCAGACCGUACUGUGUACGACGAGCGAAAUUCAUAAAUUUCCUUAAACGUGCGAAAGUCGGACGCGAGUGUCGAAAUAUACGAUGCAUCCUGUUUUAUCUUGUGCACGUGGAGCAGUUGACAGCGGCGACUGAUCGCGAUCGGCGAAAUUCGAGGAAAGAGGAAUUCAGGCGAAGCGCGCAGUCUUCCUUUUCGCGCGAGCACGCGUCGAAGAAAGAAAAAAAGGAGAAAGAAAGGAGAGUAAGAAUGAAACGCGUUAGGAGAAGUUAGGAGAAGGAAUAACAGGGCGGAAAAAGAAAGCGAGUGCCCUGCUACUCGCGUAUAUAUACGUAAUCGCUUAUCGCGUACACUUCUCGUUUUCUCUGUUUGUAUAUAUCGGACAAAUCGGCGCUCUAUUGUCCUUAUUUAUUAUUUAGCUAAGUCAUCGUACUAUUUAUACAACGUUUAGAUUUUAGCGAUCUCCCUUGUAUCUAUCAGUAUCGAAAUCACGAAUUACGUAAAACUCGCGUCUACGUUUUCGGGCACACUUUUCUAAGCGGAUUUUACGCGCGGUUUUUAGCGAACAAGAAAUCUACGCACGAUAAGACUAAUAAUGAACAUAGAUAUUUUAUACUGGUUUGUAUAUAUACAUAUAUAUGUAAAAGUUGGAAAAAGAUAAGUGCGUGUGUAAUAGGUGCAUGCAUGCGCGUGCACGUGUAUGCGUGUGUACAUGUGUAUUAUAUGUGAGAUUCUUUUUUUUUUCCGCCGUUUUUUCAAAACUAACUCGUUACGUCGAACGACUACAAGGCACUUAGAAAGAUGUAUCUGCGAACGUAACGUCAAACGAUAAUCCUGUAAUUCUAGUACUAGAGUAACGAUUAUCCACAACUAUACAAUAUACACGCUCUACUAUACGAUAUACAUAUAGCCUAGCCGUUAUACCCGCGUAAUUGUACUUUAAAUGUUACGCACACGCGCAGAACCGCAACGUGAGCUUAAUUUUAAUAUCAUAGUAAUCUCUUUACUGUCAGUAUUACGAUACACUAGUGUACUUGUCUCGCGAGAAUGUGCCUGGGCGAUUGACUCGCAUCUCGGCCAAUUGUUGCGAGCCGAGUAUAAGCAGAGUAUAGACAUUAGGAGGUAUACUUGUUUAUUUAGCGAUAUAGAGAACAACAAAACGACGACUAUCCUCUAAUCGUCCGUCGUCGCGUUUCUUUCUUUUUCUUUUUUUUUUUUUUUUUUUUAGUAUAUAUACAUACAUGCAUACAUAUGUAUAUAUAUAUAUGCUCGUGUAUGUAUGCGUGCGUGCGUGCGUGUGUGUGCGUGUGUGUGUGUGUGGUCGCAUGAUGGCAACAAACUCGUGACCGUUCUUGCAAUUACCUAUGAAACAGAACGGCGAAAAAUGUGUGUGUACUGUUGCUUCUCGUCUCCGUUUGAUGACGUACAUAUCGAACAGAAUCGACGAUACAAGGCUCUAUACGUACCAAAUAUCAGACGUCCGUUUCUCUUCGUGCUGACGUAAUUAAGAAGUAAACGGAAAUUGUUGUUCGAAAAUUCGAUAAUAAACAAAGAGUAUUUAUAUUUCCAGAAA